AUGGCAUCUAUGAACGAAGAUAACAAUGUUAACGAAGAAGAUGCUCGUGUAAAGGAGAAAGACCCAUUGAUUCAAACUUAUAACAAAACCAACGACGGCAGUGGUGAUUACAUUGAUUUGGUGACGCCCCACCGUGAUUCUAUACCGGAGACCACCGUUCCGGCUCCUCCACCACAACCACCACCUUUGUUGUAUUGGGUUAAAAUAGGGGUGCUUGUCCUGUGCUUUAGCGUUUUAGGUCUUGUUGUUUUCAAUUGGGUUGGACCAUUCUUCAUUCAAAAGGUGUUUAUUCCAUUAAUAAAUUGGCAGGAAGAGACAUUCACCACUAAGCAAUUAGCUCUUAUAGUGUUUGCUUCAAUAUCAAUAUUUCCUACCAUACUUUUACCAUCUUCGCCUUCUAUGUGGUUUGCUGGAGUGAUAUUUGGUUAUCUUUAUGGUUUCUUGAUAGUAAUGUCUGCAGCAGUUAUUGGAGUAUCACUUCCUUUUUUAAUUGGCUCAAUGUUCCAUCAUAAGAUUGAAGGUUGGUUAAACAAAUAUCCAAAGAAAGCUACUGUUUUAAGAUCUGCUGGUGGAGGAAAUUGGUUUCAUCAGUUUAGAGCAGUUGCUCUAAUAAGGAUUUCUCCAUUUCCUUACAUACUUUAUAACUAUUGCUCUGUGGCAACAAAUGUUCAAUAUGGUCCUUAUUUGUGUGGAUCUUUGGCAGGAAUGACACCAGAAGUAAUUGCUUCAAUUUACACGGGAAUUUUGAUACGAGCAUUGGCGGAUGUAUCACACAAAACAAUUUUUCUAUCUGCUCCACAGAUUGCCUUCAAUGUUGUUGGCUUCUGCAUAGCUAUAGGUACAACAGUAUUUUUCACACUCUAUGCUAAAAGACAGCUCGAUCUGUUGCGGAGAGAAGAUGAACUGCUAUUGAAAAAACAUCAUUAUGGCUCAUUAUAUAUUAACUGA